CCUAUAUUCCUCUCUCUCUCUCUCGCCAUCUCUCUGCAGUCUGCUCUCUUCCAUUCGACAGCCCCCUUCUCUCUCUCGCCAAAGCCAGACAUGGCAAUCCCAUCCCAACCAGAUUCACCAGCUGUUAUAUCUGCCGUUGAUGAAAUCACGAGAAUCUGCAAGUCCUUACCAUCGAGGCCCACCAUAGAUGACGUUGAUGCAGCCAUGGCUGUCAUCGGGACCGUUGAUGCCGAAGAAGAGAGAAGAUUAGAUGAAAUCUCGAGACAGGGGAAGCCCCCAGAUGUCCCAGAAGAGCUCUUCUUCGUGCUGCAGGAGGUGAAGAAGAAUAACGUCUUGUUGCAGAGCCAUGAACAGAAGAAAGAAGCUCUCUACGUCGUUGAACUCGAUAAGCGGCUCCAGGCCUUUGAUGAACUCAUACAGAGGGCUUCUAAGUUGGUUUCUUCAGACACCCAGAAUCCAAAAGAGGAUGAUUUCGACACCCCAAUUGCUAAAAAUGCGGCGAGAGUAUCUAUCGCCGAUGAGAGUCUGAGCAGGAAAAGAACCAUGGAGAAGGAAGAUUCAGCCAUCGUGAACGGUUCGAUUCAUGGGUCUUUCAGGAAAUCUAGCUUCUCUUCAGGUCAAGAUAAAGAGAAGUUGAGUCUAAUAAAGGUAGCGGGCCUAAUUGAGACCUCUGCGAAAACUAGAGCGGGAGUUCUUGACCUUCAAGGGAAGUUGAUGGACCAGAUCGAGUGGCUCCCAGUAUCAAUAGGGAAAUUAUCAGGCGUCACUGAUCUCAACUUAUCUGAGAACCGAAUCAUGGCCCUUCCAUCCACAAUCAGUAGCCUCCGAUGUUUAAUAAAACUCGAUAUCCACUCAAACCAACUGAUCAACCUUCCCGACUCAUUUGGAGAAUUAUCCAAUCUAAUCGAUCUCGAUCUACAUGCAAAUCAGCUAAGAUCUCUACCGGCAUCAUUUGGAAACUUAACAAACCUAGCCAAUCUCAAUUUAAGUUCGAAUCAGUUAUCUGUGCUUCCCGACUCAUUUGGUAAUUUGACCAGCUUGAGGAGAUUGAAUGUGGACACAAAUGAGCUUGAAGAGCUUCCAUAUACGAUCGGGUUUUGCAUUUCACUUGUUGAACUGAGGUUAGACUUCAAUCGGCUGAGAGCACUGCCCGAAGCAAUUGGGAAGCUCGUAUGCCUAGAAAUUGUGACAUUGCACUACAACAGAAUCAAAGGGUUGCCUACAACAAUGGGCUCUCUUGCCCAGUUGAAAGAACUUGAUGUCAGUUUCAAUGAGCUUGAGUCGGUGCCUGAGAACCUGUGCUUUGCCACCAAUCUCACGAAAUUGAAUGUGGGAAGGAAUUUCGCAGACCUGAGGUCACUACCAAGAUCGAUCGGAAAUCUUGAAAUGCUCGAAGAGUUGGAUAUAAGCAACAAUCAGAUCAGAAUCUUACCUGACUCUUUUAGGCUUCUGUCGAAGCUGAGAGUUUUUUACGCAGAUGAGACUCCCCUUGAAAUACCACCGAGAGAAAUUGUUAAAUUGGGAGCUCAGGCUGUUGUCGAAUACAUGGCUAAUUUCGUCGCAAAAAGGAAUGUUGUUUUUCAACCAGCUGAGAAGAAAAAGGGCUUCUGGAAUUGGUUGUGUUUGUUGUUUCAUCUUCGCAAGAAGAAUCCCACUACAGGCAUGAUCUCCACUCAAGCUUGACUUGAGUACAUGAAAUGUACAGAAGCAUGGACUCCAUCCUCCCCUUAUUAGUACAUAUGCAGGUUUGUUUUCAUAUGCUUUCUUGGAUCUGUUUUUACUUCAAUGAAUCUUUUUUUAAUCUUUGCAAUCAAUCAAUUUGUAAGAAUUCCAACUGUAAUUUUGUUUGAAGCAAGACUCUACAAGAUGGUAUUGCUUGCAUUGUCCAUGUAAUCUGACAAUAUCUCCACUGUUGUAAUUGUUUACUAAGCAUGAAUUAUAUUGAAA